CCCUUUCUGUGGGCGUGGUUUAGAGCCGCUUGUUGUAUCCGGUCUGCAGAGCUGACCUGCAGAACAGAGUUAGUUUUACGCACAAGACCUGAGCAUCACUGAUCUCGCCUCUGGAUAUGCCUUAACAACCUCUACAGGAAUGUUGAGCAGAAAAUCGGAAAUGUCUGGAAAUGGGGUCGUGCCUGCGGCCCUGGACCGGGGCAGGGUGGCGGAGAGGCUGCGGGCGGCGUUUGCCGGGCUGCAAGAGCUUCAACAUUUGCGGGAGAAACAGGGCGCAUUGGUGCAGCGGGCGCUUCGCGUGGACACGGACACGGAGAGUGAGCGUGUGGGCAGUGAUGUGUGUUUACACCAAAGUGACGAAGAUACAAACAGAGCAGAGGAGCAGCAGCGGCUGGAGGCAACACUCACAGCCCUCAAACAGCAACUGACUCGUCUGCGGAGACAAGACGUUGGACUUAAAACACACCUGCAGCAGUUAGACCAUCAGAUCAGUGAGCUUAAACUGGACGCACGUAAGGCUUCCGCUGAACACUUGGAGAGCGACAGCCGGCCCAGUUCAGGAUUCUUCGAGCUCAGCGAUGGUGGUUUGGGCUCUCUGUCGAAUUCCUGCACAUCCGUCUACAGCGAAUGUCUCUCAACUUCAUCUCAAGCGAGCUUGCUUCCACUGUCGUCAGGAUUCUCGGCUGCCCGUGGCUGUAACGCCCAGUUGCAGGCUGAGGUGUCCCGUAGACGCUCUGCGGACGAGACUACGGCCCAGCCGGACGUUCCACGUGGCCUUGGCGUACGUCUGGGUAGCAGCGGAAUACGCACGGGUUCAUUCAGCUCAGAGAGAGCCAGACAAAGGCCUGUCUCAACAGGUGAUCUUGACAGAGUGAUCAACCCUGGAUUUGGCUACUAUAAACCUGCUGAUGUUAAAACCUCUACCAUCUGUACUGCAUUCUGUGACCCCACCAUGGAUUCCAAAUAUCAAAGCAACCUUGUAUCCCGCAAUGGUACUGAAAUGUACUGCUACCCAAGCCCCCUGCAUGCUGUAGCCCUCCAGAGCCCCAUCUUCUCUCUCAGUGGAGAGAAGGGAGGGCCUAUAGCCUCAGACACUCAGGAUAAGCACACCAAUGUGGGACUUUCUAAGGACAGGCAUCUCAAAGAAGAGCAGAGUGACCCCAAACCUGAAGGUUAUAUCGUCAAACUGCUUCAACGCAGCUCAAGUAAGAUAAGCCUUCGGAGUGAGGUGAGUGUGGAAAAAGGCGUUCUUACAAGUAAUGUUGCUCAGGAUCAUGGGCUUAUUGGAUUGAGAAUGAAGCAAGUGAAUGAUGACCAAGUGCAGGGACCCUUCCAGAUGAAAAUAGAGUCCACCAAGAAUCCAAUAAAGGAUGAAAAGAAAUCGCCACCAAGACCUGCUGACAAAAUACAAAUGAACCCGAACAGCGUUAAGGCAGAAGAAUACGGGCAAAUGUGUUUUGUCCAGUACUUACCAAGUACAAGAAAUCAAAAAACAGCUGCAACAAUGGGUCAAGAGAAAGUGGAUGAAAAUGAACCUAGGGAUCGGUGUUACCAGGGGAGUGGACUUGAGGAUGCAUCAGCAGUUACAAAACCUCCUGAAAGGAGACCUAGCAUUACCAUUCCUAAUGAGCAUAAUAAAAGCAGAGAUGGAGGUUGCAUUCCUACAGUGAAAUCUGAGUUUGUUUGUGCUCAGUUUGUGCCUGCAGGAUCUCAGAGGAUGAAGGUGCAUCAGGCAGACAAGAAGACAAAGUCUGUGAAACUGCGGAAGAAGGGUCACGAGAAACCGACGGUUAAGAAGCACCAUCUGAAGCACUCAAUUCGAGAGCAUGAAAAGGAUAAAGGCUAUAACAGUAAAGCACGUGCAGAAAGAAAUCCAAAACAAUUCAGUACAGAAAGGGAGUUGAUUGAUGCUCCACCUAUGGAACCCAGACACCGUUCUUGCUCAGAGUCGAGUCUUUUGGGGCCUGGAAAUCAAUGUGGCGCUCACCUUCAGUCAUAUCGGCAGCAGAAACAUAUGUCCAAAUCCAGCAGACACCCAAAGGGUCAGUUCCCAGAUUUGGAGAACCUAUCUAGAAAGAAGCAGAGUUCUCAGAAAUGGCCCCUUGCUUCAGAGAUCCAGGUUUCACUUGCACCCCCAAACCAUUACCAGAGGUCCAGGGAGGUGCAUAGUCACAGAAUCUCACAAAAACCCGGAACGGUGCGAAGUUUGAGCACGAGACCUCGAUCGGGCCACUGGAGUGGUUUUCCGUGUCCACUUCAGCCAUCCCUCUCUUCAGCUUCCUACCUUAGCAAUCUGAACUUGAAAUACCCCCCGGCACCUCUGUCUUCCCACUACACAUCCAGAUGUGAGUCGGAAUACUCGGCAGAGUGUGCCUCACUCUUCCACUCCACUAUCGUGGAGAGCAGCGAGGGAGAGCUGAGUGACUAUACCACCAACCGCUUCGGAGACAGCGAGUCAAGCCAGGAAUCUCAAACCGGUUCUGACUCGGACAGCAGCCUGUCUCUGGAAGAAGAUGAUCUGUACGAGGAAGACGAGGAAGAAGGAGCUCUGGUGUGGGCCGAGGCUACUGUGGGCCCCACAGCCGUCCAACAACACCUUCGCCCUGAACCAGCUUCAUGUCGCAUCAAAGCAUCCCGAGCGCUGAAGAAGAAAAUCCGCCGCUUUCAACCAGCCUCACUUAAAGUCAUGACUCUGGUGUAGUCCUCGAACUUCCUUCCAAUGGUCUAAAGUUUACAGUAUUCUCCCACGUCAUUUAGAUGGUUCAAAGACUCUCAAGUUCAUACAAUCUGUACAAGUUUUUGGGAAAGAGACUGAUAUUAUGUUAUGUAACAUUAUGUACCUUUAUGCAAGGUACUCCAUUUUAGACAAAUUCCAAUUUACAAUUAUUUAGCCAGUUUUAAAACGUUUAUUUCUGAGCUUAUAUAACUGCUUCUAAGAAUUUGCCCAUAAACCAAAGACUACUCUUAAUGGCAACUGAAUACAAAGACCGAAUGAACACGACACCAAUAAUGAUUUUUUUUCUUAAAAUUAUACAUGCAACCUGUUUAUUGUAAAUAUUCUGUUGAGGUUUCUUUUUGCCAUCUUCAAAAUCACCAAAAAAAAGUCACCUGGUAAGAAAAUACCUUUUUGUAUUUUGUUUCUCAGAAGCCACUUUUUUUCACAUUUGAUUUUUCCUAUGCAUUUUAAUCUCCUUGCAAAUAAACAUUAUUUAAUGUUCAAAUGA